UUAGGUCACAAUAGCGUUUCUGCAGGAAGCCUCGCCAUUUUAGCAGCUCUUUGUGAGCCACGGCCUACAUUGAGGUUGUGUUGUAUUCUCCUAUCAGUUCACUCCUUUGUGUUUUCGUAAUUUUUUGAAAUGCAAGGAAACAGGGGUCCCCACCACAACCAUGGCGCUAAUCGCCACACCACUGGGCCUCCAGAGCAUGGCCACAGCGGCGGAGCGAACAGCAAUGGCCAGCAGCCUGACUCCUCCGAGCACAGGAGCGUCAAUGAGUCCCUCACUCUGGAUCUGCAAAGCUUUAGGAAGCCGGGAGAGAAAACAUUCACCCAGCGAUGCAGGCUGUUCGUGGGCAAUCUCCCUCCAGGCGUGACCGAGGAAGAGCUGGAUACCCUGUUCGCAAAGUACGGAAAGGCUAGUGAGAUUUUCGUCAAUAAGGAAAGAGGCUUCGGCUUCGUGCGGUUGGAGACCAGGAUCAUCGCAGAGAUUGCAAGAGCCGAGCUCGACGAUACUCCCUUCAGGGGAAAACCAAUACGAGUGAGGUUUGCUACUCACGGUGCAGCUCUGUCAGUGAAGAAUUUGCCUGAUUUUGCGUCAAACGAGCUUCUAGAGGAGGCCUUUGCUGUCUUCGGUCAAAUCGAGAGAGCAGUGGUCAUUGUGGAUGACCGAGGCAGGCCGACGGGGAAAGGAAUAGUGGAGUUCACCUCAAAGCCAGCUGCUAGAAAAGCCUUGGAUAAGUGUGGUGAUGGCGCCUAUCUCCUCACAGCGUUCCCAAGACCUAUUACAGUUGAGCCAAUGGAGCAACUGGAUGAAGAUGAAGGUUUACCAGAUAAGCUCAUCAACAAAAACCAGCAGUAUCAUAAAGAGAGGGAGCAGCCCCCACGGUUUGCACAGCCGGGCACUUUUGAGUACGAGUAUGCCAUGCGUUGGAAAGCUCUGAUGGAGAUGGAGAAACAGCAGUAUGAGAUGGUGGACCGUAACAUGAAAGAGGCUCAAGAGAAACUAGAGACAGAAAUGGAGGCUGCACGACAUGAACACCAGGUGAUGCUGAUGAGACAGGACCUGCUCCGGCGUCAGGAGGAGCUGAGGCGCAUGGAGGAACUGCACAGUCAGGAGGUGCAGAAGAGGAAGCAGGCCGAGCUGCGGCAAGAAGAGGAGAGGAGGCGCCACGAGGAGGAGCUCCGGAUGCGCAAUGAGGAGAUGAUGAAGAGGCAGCAGGAGGGCUUCAGAGGGAACUUCUCUGAGAGCAGAGAGCCCGACAUGAGGAUGCACAUGGGUAUGCCCAUGAACAGAAACUCACUGGGGGGCAACUCAGGCCAGUCUGGAGGAGCUGAGGGUAGCCCCGUGAUGUCUGGAAACAGCAACAUGCCUGGGCCAGGACAGGGGGGCUUCCCCAGAGGCCUUCCUGGACCAGGGGACUAUGUAGUACCUAAUAAACAGCGCAGGUUUUGAAUUGUGUCUUUCACCCUGUUUUAAAAGUUCACACUGUGAGCAUCAUUGUUAAAAUUGCAUGUUUAUUUUUUACUUUUUAUUUGUACUUGUAUACAUUUUGUACUAAAAUUCCAUGACUCUCAAAACAAGAUUUAUUUUACUGUAUUUCUCAUGCAAAUGUGACUACUUGUAGGGAUUUUU